AAACAAUUCCCUGGGAGACUUGAUUUCCCGAGAGUAAAAUUCUCCUAUUCCGAAUUCCCCGGGAGACAGUUUUUCCCUUCGAACUCGGGAACGAAAAUUUUGUAUGUUCGAAACAGCUGUUCCGAAGUAUUUGACACAAGAAUGUAUAUAGGUGUACAAAAGUUUCAGAAAAGGAAAACAAACAUUUUGAAAUUGAUAUUUAUGCAUAAAUAGAUGCAUAUAUAAGUAAAUUAAAUGAAAAAAUGUUCAAUAUUGCAGCAAGAAUCUUGUUUGAAGAGGAGUUAGAAGAACAUCAAAGCCCAAGGGUUGUUAGAAGAUCCUUGAGGGACAGUUUGAACCCUCUGGAGUUGCCUCAAUGGUUGUUUCAAAAGUAUUAUAGAGUUAACAAGGUUGUCUUCAAGUAUUUGCUGGAUAUUCUCUCUAGGUCCUGUGAUCCAGCUAAAAAAAGUUUUGCGAUUCCAACAAUAACAAAAUUGAGUGCUUGUUUGCGUUUCUUCGCUGAAGGGGGAUACCAAACGGGGGUGGGAAAAGACUACAAUGUUGGACUGGCCCAACCUAGUUUUAGCAAAGUGCUUGCGGAAGUCUUAAACGUUUUGAAGGAGCAACUAUGUCCAGAAUGGAUAAAAGUAUGCCAAACGGCCGCAGAAAAAAAGAAGAGUUGCGCUGGCCUUCUACUCAAAACAUAACUUUCCUGGCAUUGUAGGAUGCGUUGAUGGAAAGCACGUUCGGAUCAAAAAAAAAAAAAAAUCUACUGAAUUUUUGUUUAAAUGUUUACUUUUUUCCAUUCUGUUUGUGUGUUUCUUGGUGGUUCACACGAAUUCAGCUUAUUUUCCACCAUUUGCCAAAAAAAUGGCACUUCCUCCUUUGUUUUCUUGUGGAAGCCACUCGCAAUAUCGCGUUGAGCCUCCAUCAAAUUUAAAAGCAUUUCAAGCUGACCAUUGUUUGUUGUUUUUGACCUUAACAUAUUUAAAAUGUUAUCAAUUAAUAUUGCAAAAAAAAAGAAAAACUUACAUUUUAUUUUGUAACUCUCCAGCUCAAUUGUCGGGAACAAACUCGCGCCAAACGAAUUCGUAUUUUCCCUUUUUUCGA